UAUGUUUUGCUCCUCAGCUGCCCACCAUUUUGUGCGUAUAUUUUUCGAUUGUCAAGCCUUUCGAUCUUCUGACUCUUCUCCAAAAGUGUUUUCAGCGCACGGUUGGAUUUCCCCGACAAUGUCGGAGUCAAGAACCGCAAAAGCGCCGGUCGCGGCUGUAUUGCCCCGCACUGCAACCGCACUACGAAGCUCUAUUAGCAUAUCUAUGUCCAAUCGCGUUCAAUCGAUGACGCCGAGGGUCAUGAGGCCUGAUGACUCAAUGGAUUGGAAGCGUCGGAGUGCCUUGAACUCGCUUUGUGAGAUAGCAAGGCUAACAGCGUCAUUAAUCUCGUGGUCAAAACCGCGUGGACAUUCUAAGAGACUUCUCAAGAAAUGGAAAACAUCCGAUGUCUGGAAGAAUAGGAACGCCGAAAUGCGAUACUAGUGCCUAAUAUCGCAAAACAUCCUUCCCAAGGACGGCUUGUGUUCACAUUUACAGUCCCAACGCGAUUUCAAGCCUACUUGCUCGACAUGUCCCAGGACAGGAGUACUGGCUCAGUUACGGAAGAUUUCUCCAAGUUGAAUUUGAAUAACGAUGAGAGCCCUACGAUUGUCCUCAUGGGAAUGAGUGGCACUGGGAAAUCAUCCUUCAUAAAACUGCUGACUGGCAAUAAGAACAUCAAGAUUGGGAUGACUAUCGACCCCGAAACUAGCGACAUUUCGACCUACCAGUUUAUCAACGAUGGGUCGGAGGUGGCAAUCGUCGAUACUCCUGGUUUUGAUGACAAUCGACCACAUAUGAGCGAUUCGAAGCUUCUGGAGGAUACAGCCAAGUUCUUGUUAAAAAGGCUCAACACGAACUCCUUGCAAGGUCUCAUCUACCUUCACCGCAUC